AUCUUUGCUCCGAUAAUAAAAUAUAAAAUAGCUCGAAGAUCAUGGAUAAGAAAGACGAAAUAGGAGACCCUCUCUGUUGUUGUGAAUAUAUCGACGCAAAGGGAGAAAGGAGUCAUCUAUUGGCCAUGUUUUGUGAUUGUGAAGAUUUGGAUGAGUCGUGUGACAGAUUAUUCACUGGGAGGACUAUUGGCAGAGCUAGGUUAGCCGCUGUCAAGGAAACGAUCAUCGACCGUGUACGUAUCCCAACAUUCCUAGGGCAAGGGGCGCAGCGUAUUGAUGACCUGCUUGACAUUUCCGCUCUCCUUCCUCUCAUCGCAAUACCCUGUUGGCUCUAUGUUGCAUCCUGGUGCCUCGAAUAUACCGUUUAUUCUUUCAUGAUCGUCCCGCUAAGUGCCAUACUGUACUCUCUACGAAUCCUAAAACGGAAGCACAGGACGAAAUUCUUCAUGAGCGUGACUUUGGUUUCUAUAUUCACUUUGUUCUCUUCCUUUGUCAUUCUCGUUACGGAUGCCACAGUCUUUGAGCUUACUUGCCUCUCGAUAAACCUUUUACUCUUCUUCGGAGCUUUUACGUUGACCAAGGUGGCACCUGGGUUUGUCAAAUGCCAUCAGGAAUCUUCGGGAACGAGCUGUCAGGGAGAUGAAGAAGAGACAAAAGGACAAGCACCCUCCCGUCUCACACAUCUUCACAAGAGCAAUGAAAGGGGACCAACGCUUGGCCGGAAUAAGGAGAAAGAGGAACAACUGACCAAUCAGAUGCAGGGACCCUCGGAUUGGUGUGCUGCGUGUCUGAUCGUGAAGCCAGCCAGAGCGGGCCAUUGUAAGAUCUGUGACCGCUGUGUACAUCGGUUGGAUCACCACUGUGUUUGGCUUGAUGUCUGUAUUGGCAAAGAUAACCACCGGUCCUUCAUCGUCACCCUUAUCCUAUUCGUCGUCGGUGGUUUCUGGGGAGUUUUGAGGGGGUCUUACUAUCUCUUUGAGGUCACUCAUGAUGAAGCUAGUUUCUAUGGAAUAUUGGAGAUCAUUUAUUAUGACCCAGAGCUUGCUAUCAUCUUUGUGUGCAUUCUGUAUGGUGCGGUGGUAUGCCCUGCGGUGAUGGCCCUUCUCCUGAAGCAGUGCUUCCUCAUCACCCACAACUGGACUUAUCGGGAAAGAAAGCUACUUCCUCGACAGCCAGGCGGCAAGGAACGCCUCCUGGAGCUAGAUCAUGGCUUUGUGAACAAUUGGAUCAACUUCAUCACGAAGAAAGGGGGUGCGUAUAAAACGGGAGACACAAGCACAAGGGUCGUUUGAUGGAGGGGUUGCUGGGCAAUCCGGAUCUCCAAUUCCAUUGUUGGCUGUAAAUUCAAUAGACCGUAUUAAUCAAUGGGACUACUACAUCUAUGUGCACAUGCCCAGAGUGUACAUGUACAAUUUAUGAACUUAUUUCUUAUCAUCCUUUAUCUGAAAUAUGGGGAAUUUUCAUCAAGUCGUGGAUGAGAGAGGAGACUUCUGGUUGAUGUCAUCAUCCCAUGAACCCCCACCCUCCUUCCAGAGAAGGCCGUGGGGGGGAGGUAGCCAGAAUGGAGGAUUCUGGUCCACAAGCAGCAGGAAAAAUGUAUUUGUUCAUCUUUCUCAAUCAAAACACUUUCAUAAUAUUGUUCUUAUUAGUUUUAAUGAAUAAAGUGGAAUAUUUCUGUUCUUUCUAAAAAAAUGUUUAUUACAAUUUACAUUGUACUCUUAUAAAAGACAUAUAUAGUACCAAAGUGAUGACCUCACAAUAAAAAUAUUUUUUGCAUUUCAGCAUUUUUUGUUAUUUUUGUUUGGCCUGGUUCAUAACAUUUACAAUCAAAUAAUACACGGAUUUAAUGGGAAAAUAUAGUAUCAUAAAUGUCAAAUGAUGCAUCACGCCGUACACCAGGGUACCGUAGUACCCCGGGGUACGGCGUUGUGCAGCGCCAUCUCAUGUUGUAAUAGUGUACAGUUACAUUGUUGUCAUGGUGAUCACGGUCGUACGAUCGGUGCGACAAGCAUGACAAUGAAUGGGGACAAUGAUCACAAUGCCUAUUUCCUUUCUUUGAUACAAUCUAAUGCCAAUAAUAGUAAACAAAUUAUGUUAUACUUAAGAAUUUAAGUAUACUUUUCGACAGCUAACUUACACAAAAGAUUAGCUUAUAGUCCCAAAACUCGCCCUGGUACACGCGAUGGGGGUGGUGUAGGCUUAUUACUCGUCCAUCACAGGCACAGUGCAGCGCAGUGCAGUGCAGUUAUCAUUUGUAUGCAUUAAUUGUUACAUAAGAUCACUAAAAAGAAAAAAAAUCUGUACAAAACAUUAAAAUAUACUUGUACAC